UUUCUAUUGAUGUUGCUGAGAUGAUCAGGGAAUUCCCCAUCAUUUCUGAGUCUCUUCCUUAUUUCCUCCUUAACAAGCUUCAUUGUGCUUUCCGGUCUCUCCGCCUUAAUUUGGGGGUAUUUUCUAUUCCUCCGGAGUCAUCCGUUUCCUAUUCUGAAGAGCUCUCCUGCAUGGCUCAAGAGAUUCCUUAACAUUUCAAGAAGAGAAGCCAAAGUGAUUUUUUUACCCAGUGGAGGAAUAAUGUAGCUCCAUCCUGACUAUGUUUUCUGACACCUCCAGCAUCCAUUUUCCUGGAAGCUGUGCCGCGUGACCUCCAGACCUGCUCUCCCAGAGGAUCGCUUCCCCGAAUCCUCGCCAAGGCCGGGGCUGACUUUGGCCUGCACACGAGGAUACUGGUUUGACACACGGUGCAUGGCCAUUGCAGGGCACCUACUUUUGCUCUGGAGGAAAGAAGAAGAACUCAGUGUUUGGCAGGAGAGAAUUCCAUAGCACGGAGAAGCUGCAUUUUAACUGACCCAGAGGUUGUUUCUUUUUCUCCUUUCAAAGAACACUUCUCAGCUAAUUAAAAACCCACCUGCCAGGAGGCCGUUGAGCUGAGCUGUCCUACACCUGACACGUGGGGUGGCUCCACCAGCCUCAAAUAGCACGGCAGGAUGGAGACUUGCCAGGUGGCUCUGCAGGGUUCCAGCAGCUGACUCAGCCCUGCAUAGAUGCUGAAGUCUUCUCACUGCCGGGAAAAGGUUUUUAUUCUAAGUGGCAUGAGUGGUGCCUUCUCAGGCCAGAGUGCCUCCCACUUUUCACUUGCUAGAUACUCAGCUGCCACUUAAGCUGAUCUGCUGCCUUAAUCCUUUCUGAAACAAGGCUGGAGAUGGCAUGAGGUAGGAUUGAAAAUUAUCUACAUAGACAGGAAAAUCCUCUGGAGCAAGGCUUCUCAACACAGGUGCACCAGCAACUUAAAAACCCAAGUCAAAACAAAGAAAACAAAAAGGAAUUGGACCUGUUUCCUAAAUUUUUGGCAGGGUCUAAGGGGAGUUGUGAUUAAUUUUUAUGCCUUCAUUUUCCGAUUAGCAGAACCCAAUUUCUUUUUGCCAUUGUUCCCUUUUCCUGUUUCAGAAUAGGGGAGACAGAAUCAGAAUGAUUCUUACAGGACAUGAAGGGAAGGGAGGGCACAUCGCCCUGGGACUUCCUGACCGAGAAGUCGUCAGUCAGCCAGUCCUUCCGUUGGGCCAGCUCUGGGCCACGCACUGGAAACCACACCGCAGGGAGGGCUUUGCAGAGGAGACCCAAGGGACAUGGUAAAGGACUACCCCAAAGGAUCCCAGUUAAGAAGGAAGGGGUGUGCAUUCUGGCAGAGGUGCAGCAGCGGUCUGGGCGUGUGGUUCUGCAGCAGGUAUUGGGGACCUGGUGAUGGAGAUAGCGGGGUUCAGAGGCAGGAAAGCCACCCUGAGGCUGGGGUCCCCUGAGGAGUGGGGAGGGUGGCAGAGUCCUAGCUCUGGGACCCUGGAAUCAGUCGUGGCAGGAACUCUGUCCCAUGAAAGCUUAUAAGAAACUAAUGCACAGGUCUCUGGGGAAGCCCACCAUGAUCCACUGCAGUGAGGGACGAAAAUAUUUUUUUUAAAAAAAUGUACACUUCAUUAUUUUAGGGAUAUUGUUUUGUAAUUACGUAAUGCAAUAAUAUUUAUAAAACUUGUAUAUAAUUUGUAAAUGAAUAAACUUACAUAUAUGGUACAUGUACAAAAAUUAUGUACUGCCUAGAAUGUGCUGUUUGUGAUGAAUAAGUUUGGAGCCAGCUUAUCAGAGGAGGAAAAGCAGCGAAACUGAUGAGACUGACAGAGGCAGCCGCAGACGUGGAUGCCUAGCUGGGUUGGAGCUGCUCGGUGCCGGGGUCCUCUUUCGUUGUGUACUGCACAUCCGGAAGGCUAUGAUGGGAAUUAAUGUGAAAACUUGGAGGUUUCAAUUAACACGUUGCUUCUGCCUUGAAGAUCAUCCUUUAGAAGUAGGAAAGUUGCUCCUCGUGGUGGUUGACUCCAAGGGACAGGGCCCUUUGUAGAAGGAAAUGGAUGAAAGGCCCUCAGGGGCCCCCAAACUCAUGCUUCCUGUGGUCUAGUCUAAGGAAGCCCUUCGCCGGGGCCCUGGCAUUCUGGGAUGUCUCCAGUUCUGGACGCAUGGCUAACUCCUGAAUGAGGAUGCUUCGCCGGGGGCUGCUGGCCUGGAUUUCUCGCGUGGCGAUUUUGCUUGUGCUCCUCUGCUGUGUCAUCUCGGUCCUCUACAUGUUGGCCUGCACCCCAAAAGGCAACGAGGAGCAGCUGGGGCUGCCCAGGGCCAAUGGCCCCACAGGGAAAGAUGGGUACCAGGCUGUCCUGCAGGAGUGGGAGGAGCAGCACCGCAACUACAUCAGCAGCCUCAAGAGGCAGAUAGCACAGCUCAAGAACGAGCUCCAGGAGAGGAGCGAGCAGCUCAAGAAUGUACAGUAUCAGGCCAGCGAAGCUGCAGGCCUGGGGAUGGACCGGGCCCGCCCUGAGAAGACUCAGACCGACCUCCUGGCCUUCCUGCACUCCCAGGUGGACAAGGCGGAGGUGCAUGCGGGCGUCAAGCUGGCCACCGAGUAUGCAGCAGUGCCUUUCGAUAGUUUCACCCUGCAGAAAGUGUACCAGCUGGAGACGGGCCUGACCCGGCACCCCGAGGAGAAACCUGUGAGGAAGGACAAGCGGGACGAGUUGGUUGAAGCCAUCGAAUCGGCCUUGGAGACCCUGAACAAUCCUGCAGAGAGCAGCCCCAAUCAGCGUUCUUACACGGCCUCCGAUUUUAUUGAAGGGAUCUACCGAACAGAAAAAGAUAAAGGCACUUUGUAUGAGCUCACGUUCAAAGGGGACCAUAAACAUGAAUUCAAACGACUUGUCUUAUUUCGACCGUUUGGCCCUAUCAUGAAAGUCAAAAAAGAAAAACUCAACAUGGCCAACACACUUAUCAACGUUAUUGUGCCACUGGCAAAAAGGGUGGACAAGUUCCGGCAGUUCAUGCAGAAUUUCAGGGAGAUGUGUAUCCAACAGGACGGGAGAAUUCAUCUCACUGUUGUUUACUUUGGGAAAGAACAAAUGAAUGAGGUCAAAGGAAUACUUGAAAACACUUCUAAAGCUGCCAACUUCCGGAACUUCACCUUCAUCCAACUGAACGGAGAAUUUUCUCGGGGAAAGGGGCUUGAUGUCGGUGCCCGCUUCUGGAAGGGAAGCAAUGUCCUUCUCUUUUUCUGUGACGUUGACAUCUACUUCACUGCUGAAUUCCUCAACACGUGCAGGCUGAAUACACAGCCAGGGAAGAAGGUAUUUUAUCCUGUCCUCUUCAGUCAGUACAACCCCGGCAUUAUCUACGGCCAUCACGAUUCAGUCCCUCCCUUAGAGCAGCAGCUGGUCAUAAAGAAGGAAACUGGAUUUUGGAGGGACUUUGGAUUUGGGAUGACAUGUCAGUAUCGGUCAGACUUCAUCAAUAUAGGUGGGUUUGACUUGGACAUCAAAGGCUGGGGAGGAGAGGAUGUGCACUUGUACCGCAAGUAUCUGCACAGUAAUCUCAUAGUGGUGCGGACGCCCGUGCGGGGCCUCUUCCACCUGUGGCACGAGAAGCGCUGUGUGGAUGAGCUGACCCCCGAGCAGUACAAGAUGUGCAUGCAGUCCAAGGCCAUGAACGAGGCCUCACACGGACAGCUGGGCAUGCUGGUCUUCAGGCACGAGAUCGAGGCUCACCUCCGCAAACAGAAACAGAAGACCAGUAGCAAGAAAACAUGAACUCCCGGGGAGGGCUCUGGGGAGACGUUUUCUCUUUUUACUUUUGGGGUCACCAAAAGAGUGGCUGCAGCAAGGAACAGAUGUCCACAGAGGGAGAAAAAAGGAUUUGAGUGAUUGGGAAGAGAAAUGGGGAGAGACUCUGACAUCUCUCUGCCCAUUUGUCUUCAUGAAGCAGAAAUUAAAAUCUCCCACUUUGCCUGCAAAAGUAGCUCAAAAUGCACCUGGUGCAGUGUCUGACAAAGGCAAAAUGAUGUGAGGUUAUAAGCCUAACUGUGUGGAGGUUUUCAUGAUUAUUUGGUGUUUACAACAAAAUGUGAUCUAUUGUUUUCUGUGCUCCUUGAAAUAUUCAUGAAUUGAGAUCAGUUUAAUGCAAGGCAAGCACAUUUCUCCCAAUAUGAAUGAUGAUAUCAGUAGAGCUCUAGUUUCUCAGAAUGCUAAAAUGUCAGUAGGCAGGGGAGGAAGCUGUGUGAAAUGUGGAGAUACAUUCACUGGGAUGCUUGUGUGUAUGUUAAGGAAAACUGAAUGGACCAAAAAGAAAAGAAACCAUAAAUAUCAUGUCAUUUCCUCCAGGAUUAACCAAAAGUAAUCUGUUCAUCUUUUUGGUUGUAGUUUUAACCAUUUCCAUUUGUUUAUUUAAAAAUGCACUUUUUUUUUUUGCUUGUGAGUUAUAUUCUGCUUAUUUAAAUACCAAUUUUCAAGCCUUACUAAGAGAGCGCAAGUCAUCAUACAUUUUUACACUUUUUUAAAGAAAAUAUGUUUAGAUGCAGUAUGAAAACUUUCAGUUCAGAGCAUCUAAUUGAGAUCAAUAUCCAGUUAUGUGACAAAUGCUGCUAUCUGUCAGGCAGUGAACUUCAAACCUUUUAGUCAUGUAGAAAGUAUGGGUUGGGGCUACUUAUAGAAUGAGAUACAUAGAUACUUUGUUUGAAGGGUAUUUCCGAAGAGGAGCAACUGAACACUGGAGGGAAAGAAAAUAUACUUUUCACCUUAACAGAAAAGAAAACCCAUUCAGACUGGUGAUAUCUUGAUAUUUAUUCAGAAGUCAGAAAACAUAUUUUCUCCUCAAGAGAGCUGGGGACCACUUUCUUACCUGUUUAAAUAAACCAAAGUAUACUGGGUGAACCAAACAAUCUCUUUUUAAAGCAGGGUGCUCUUUCUGGCUUCUGGCUUCAACAAGAAUAAAUACAGAAAAAUAAAUUUUGGUGAAAAAUCAAUCCAUCUGCCAGAGUCUAGUGGAAUGGAAGUUUUGCUACAUGUUCACCCACCCUAGUCUAGGUGGAAGUGACUUAACUAUUUUUUAAAUUAAGCAGUUCUAGUCAAUCACCAAGAUGCUUCUGAAACAUGCAUUUUAUUACAGUUCAAAAGUAUUUUUUAAAAAUACAGUUACCAUUGAGUGGUUUCUAGAUUCAUGUGAAAAUUAUUUAUUCAUUAGCCAGCACCAGAUGCAUGAGCUAAUUAUCUCCAAUUCCUUGCCUUCUGUUUGCCUACAGUAAAUGCAUUGUUUAAAGGCUUCAAGAACAUUCAAGCUGUUGGAGUGUAAAAAAUGCAUUGUAUUGAUUUGUGCUGUUAGUUCAUAAAAUUUAAUUAAAACACAGGACAUGAAUGGAAGGUGGCAUUGGACAGCUAAUAAAAUAUGAGUUGCAUUGGAA